CGCACCGGCGUCGCACCCUCGGCCGGCCGGCCGGCGUCGCUCUCGACAGCUAGCGACCGGCCGCUACUAAUCCAAAUUGCUCAUAUGUUAGGCACGUGCUGGCCUUUUCGAUCUGUGUGUAGCUAUCCAUAGCGGAUCAUGUCGUCGUCGAAGCGGUGGACGUCAGCCUCCGGCACGGAGUUGCCGGGCCGGUCGCCUCUCCCCGCCGCCGCGCUCUCACCCGUCCGCCAGAGCGCCCGGCGCUCGAUCUCCAGGUCUGAUACAGCCCCAGCCCCCGGCGCCGCCUCCAUCGCCCGCACGCUCUGGCCUUCCUCCUCCUCCAGCGGCAACAAGAACGGCAAGAAGGGCCCGCGCGCGCCGUCGCCCUUGUCCUCCGCGCCCCCGUCGGCGUCGGUGUCCUCCUCGUCCGUGGCAACCCUCGUGGAUUACCUCACCAAAGAUGACGCCGCCCCAGCGGCCGCGGCGGCGGAGCCGCUGUCGCUCUCCCGGCAGCGCAGCUGCACCGAGCUCCCGCGCUUCGCGGACGACGCCGAGGCCAAAAAGAUCGCUAAGUCGUCCGGCAAGGGCGGCGGCCACGCGUUCAGCCGCUCGAUGCGCUUCCUCCCGUCUACCAAGCCCGCGGGCGUCACGCUCACCCCGGGCCGUGUCGCGCCGUCCGACCUCCGUAGGCUCGCCAACUCCCUGUCCUUGGACGCCACCGCCGACGUCGCCAGCUCGGGCUCGGAGUGCAGCGACGCCUCCAGGGGCUCAACCCCGAGGACGGUCUCCAAGCCACACUCUCCAUUGCUCCCCCGCACGGGCUCGGUCCGUCUGCUCGGGUCGAGCAACACGCAGUGGGCGCUCUCGCCGGGGCGGCGCAGCGGCUCGCCACUGAAGGAUCUGCCCACGGUACCGGAGACCAAAGGCAAGAAAAGCCUGAUAAGCCUCGGGUGGGGCCAUAUCUUCCACCGGAGGAAUCACGCAGCCAAGGACGCGUCAAUGGCCGCGGCCGCGGCCACCCUGCUGUCCUCCACAGUGUCACGGAUGGGCGGAGGUGGUGGGGAGGUCGGCCAUCAGAUGAGGAUGACACAUUGCCGGCUCUUGCAGUGGCGCUUCGCGAACGCCAAGGCGGAUGCCGUCCGCAAGAGGAAGCUGACCAGCGGCGAGGUGGACUUGAUGGGUACAUGGGCAAGCGUGUCGGAGCUGAGAGGGAAGGUGGCGAGGAAGCGAAUGCAGCUCGAGAAGGAGAAGCAGAAGAUGAAACUGAAUGCCGUACUCUCUUCCCAGAUGAAAGAUUUGGAGACCUGGGGGCAGCUGGAUAGCAGGCAUGCCGCUGCUCUGGCCUCCACCGUAGGUUGCGCCCGAGCAGCUGUUUGCAGGCUUCCUCUCACCAAUGGUGCCAAGGUCUCCCUGCCGUCGUUGUCGUCCAUUCUACAGCAAGUUGUUGAGCUUGCCAUGACGACCAAGACAACAGUGCGAGAAUUUAGUCCCAUGGCUCAGGAUACGGCGUCGCUGAUCUCGGAGCUGGUGCAUGUAGCAAGGGAAGAGCAGGCUCUGUUGCGUGAGUGUCUCGAGCUGCUUGGCCAGGUCUCUGCGCUGCAGGAAGAGGAACAGAGCUUGCGCUGCCAUCUGGUGCAGUCCUCAUCGCUUAAUACUGUGACGGUGACAGUGGAGUAGUAGGGUGCUUCUAUGCAGCCAUUUUGGUCGCCUGUAGGACCAACUGAGAUGUGCUGUAGACUUUUCUAAAACCAGAUUAGAAUCGUAGUCGUAUAUGCUGAUGUAAAAG